AUGGUUGAUGUUCUAUAUUCACUUGUGGAUGCUAAUGAACGAUUUAAUCAUUUAAUACUUGAUUCCCUUUAUAUUCAUAAUCUUAAUAUGGUCAACAUGACAAUCAAAUCAUAUUAUGAUCGUAUUUUUUCAAUAGACAAACAUGUUCUUGAUAGAAUAUGUAAAAAAAUAUUACCUCGAAUGUAUCAUCAAGUAAACGAGCUGAUUGUUGAACAAUAUUCAAUGAAACGUAUUCUUCAUACUGUGAAUUAUCCACAACUUUACUCGUUAUCACUUAUUAAUUUUCAAGCAAAAAGACUGUUAAAAUAUUUAACAGAUGAUUCAAUUCUUCGUGAAGUUCUUACUGAACAAAUCACAAAUCUCAAAAUCGAUAUUCAGGAUGCACAAUCAACAAAAGGACGGAUAAUUGGAUCGGAUAUAUUUGUCUUGAUUUUAUCUUUAUGUAAACGAUUAACUAAUUUGAAUUUUUGUCAUAUGUACCAUUAUCGAAGAUUACCAUUUUGUAUUUUUAAUUAUGUGAGAUCAACACAUUGUAUGUCUUCAACUUUGACUAAUUUGAAAAUUUGUGUCAUAAAUUUUGGUGAUUGUCUUUAUCUUCUUGAUGGACGUCUUGAUUGUUUAUCGACAUUGAUUAUUCAUGUGAAUAGAAUAUACUGUCCAUCAUCAAUCAUACAAAAGACGGAAAAACUUCCCAAAUUGAAAUGUUUCUCAUUGAGCUCUGUUGAAUACACAAGACGUUAUGACGAUGAAAUUAUUCCAUUACUUCGUCGAAUGAUAAAUCUGGAAGAAUUGACAUUGCUUUUGCCAGUACUAAGAUUUGACUCAACUUAUAUUGAUGGUAUUCACUUGCAUGAUCAAAUUCUUAUUUACAUGCCACAACUGAACAAAUUUACUUUCAGUAUAAAUACACUUGUUGUCAACAUGAAUGCUAAAAUUGAUCUUCCAUCGCAUGAAGAUAUUCAACGUAGUUUCAUUGAAAAAAAAUACGGUCAAGUUGGUUCAUAUGUUGAUAAUGUAUCAACGAAGAUCGAAGGUAGCUGUCAUGUCUAUUCACUUCCAUUUCAAUUCGAAUAUUUUCUUCAUCUUAACAACUGUUUUCAAGGUGGCAUGUUUGAUAAAGUCCUGUAUUUGUUUAUGACUGGUGAAGAAUCAUUAAAAGAUAUUGGUAUCUAUCUUCAACAUGAACAUAAUCGUUUAAAUAGUGUAACACGUCCAUUAACUGAACUUGAACAAGCUGAAUAUAAUAAAGAAAAGAAAAUUUUAACCAUGGAGGAAGACUUGUUAUACAAUCUUGUCGAUUAUUUACAAGUUACAGGUCGUAUUAAAACAAAUCUAGAAAGUGGUUCAUCAGCUACAACAACAACAACAACAACAACUGAUGAACAAUAA